AAAUAUUUAUAUUUUCAGUAAAAUACAGCGUUUUUGAUAAGUUUUUUUGCAAAGAAAAACUUUUACGCUCUGGUAGCAAUGGCGCAGAAGUACCAGAUUCUGCUCUUUAUUUUAUCCCUAUUUUAUUUUGAAAAGUGUGUUUCUGGACAUUAUUAUUCCUCAACUAAACCGAUGAUAACAAUUGCACCAACUACAGACUACGGAUAUGAAACAGACAAUUCAUUCCGUUAUCCAAGUUACUGCAAAUCAGGAUAUUGUGACUACGAAGCCAAAUGGCAUGCUCAUUCUGGUUAUAUUUUUAUUACUAUUUGGGCAAAGAUCGGCAAAGGUUAUUUUGCAGGAAUUGGAUUUUCGGAUGACCGGAUGAUGCCGAAUUCAGACUGUAUAACGGGAGGAAUACCAAUGUACGGAUACUCUUUUCUUUUGACCGAUAGAUAUUUGAGUGCAAGGUCCCUUGCUGGUAUAAGAAAUGAUGAACAGCAGGAUGCGAUGUUACAGUCUCACUCUCACGUGAAUGGAAUGUUGAAAUUUGAGUUCAAGAGAAAUUUAUACACUGCGGAUACAUACGACAAAUCUCUGGAUGUAUGCAGAUUCUUCCUAUUUUCAUGGGGUGGAAGACUUCAAAAAAACAAGUUGAUUUCAAAACAUACAGAAGCAUUCGCUACGCGAAAAAAAAUAUGUUUCAUUCCUCCGCCUACCAUUCCACCUACAAUCACAAUCAAGCCAUACCCAACUGGAAGUUAUGUAUAUGAAACACGAAAUUCCUUCAGUUAUCCAGGCAGGUGUGAUGCUGGACAUUGUGAAUACAUGGCAAAAUGGCAUGCAGAUUCUCAUUUUGUUUAUUUCACGAUAUGGGCUAACGUUGGCGAAGGAAUUUGGGCAGGAAUUGGAUUUUCUGACGACAGAAUGAUGCCAAAAUCUGAUUGUAUAACUGGUUGGAAAUCUGGAAAUUCGUUCGAACUGAAGGACAGAUAUUUGAUAGCUAGACGACCAGACGCAGUACCACGUGACCAGCAGCAAGAUGCCAUUCUGCAGUCACAUUCAUUAUGGAAUGGAAUGCUCGUAUUCAAUUUUAAAAGAAAGAUAAAUACUGGGGAUAGGUACGACAAAUCGCUGGACAUUUGCCGCUUUUUCUUAUUUGCUUGGGGUGGUAAAGGAAAUGCUGACGGAUCUAUAUCAGCUCACACCAGACAAUUUGUAUCGAAGAGGAAAGUCUGUAUAGCACAUCGACCUACUAUUGGACCGCCUACUCUAAUACCUACUAUUGGGCCCCCUACCCUAAUACCUACGACAAAGCCGAAAGACUACGGAUACGAAUCUCAAUACUCAUUCAGGUAUCCCAGUUAUUGUCAGCCCGGUUAUUGUACUUUUGAAGCAAACUGGAGAUUGUAUUCGGGUCAUGUUUACUUCCGCAUUGCAGCAAAAGUCGGUUUGGGAUAUUGGGCAGGAAUUGGGUUUUCUGACGAUAGAUUAAUGCCUGAUUCUGAUUGCAUCACGGGUUGGAUGACGCCCGGUUAUUCGUUCAAAUUAAAAGAUCGAUAUCUGUUUGCCAGAAGACCAAACGCAGUGCCAAUAGAUGUACAACAAGAUGCGGUUGUUCAGUCGUAUCAUCAUCAGAAUGGAAUGCUCAAAUUUAGCUUCAAAAGGAAAGUGAACACAUGGGACAAACAUGACAAGUCUCUUGAUAGAUGUCGCUACUUCUUGUUUUCCUGGGGCGGGAGGGGUUUUGAUGAUGGAAGGAUCACCGCUCACACCGCACAGUUUGCAACAAGAAGACUAAUCUGCUUAGAAUACAAUUCUUGCCAGCAUAAAAGAUGUGGGGCAAAUCAACAUUGUGUUCAUCGCAACGGUCAAGGACAUUGCCAAUGUGGGAUGGGUUAUUACAAAUCAUAUGGCGGAUAUUGUCAGAGGUAUAACUACAACCAACAUCAUUAUCCAAAGUAUGGCCGGUACUCGAAGAAAUAAUUCACGAUUCGGAGAUUGCAGAACGGCAAUAUUGGACUGCAAAAAUCCGCACAAAUCUCAGUUACUCUAGUGUCGUGUAAUUUUCUUUUUGGUGCCCUUUUUUCGGACCUCCAGAAGUAUGUGCACCGGGAUGGCGCACAACCUGAACAUAGUAUAUAUAUGUACCAGGUUCAUGUUGUGCGCCAUCUUGGUGCACAUACUUCGGGUAGCACUCUUUUUUCUUACUACGUUGUCGCCGCCUUCCCAAUAUUUUGCAUGUUUAUUCUGUGAUACUAAUCUGAUGAAUAUUCUAACAUAAAUGUGAAUUGGGAUACCUUCUGUGAUGUUCACUGAUGGAUAGAAAAGAUAUAAUCCUGUAUUGAAUAUACCAAGACAGCAAUAUUUCUUCCCGUACCGCCACAAAUAAGUAGAACAUAUUCAGUGCGUAUUUAAGCCUGCUUGCUUGUCGAAUAAGGUACCUAUGUGCUGAUUAAAAUUUACU